AUGGCUGAAGUAAAUCUUAUUGUGGAAGCUGGUAUGAUAAAGACUAUUGUAGCUUUCUUUGUUAUGAAUACCAGAUCACCUUACAGUGUGAUCCUGAGAAGAGACUGGUUACAUGCAAUGCAAGUUGUGCCAUCCAUCUAUCAUCAAAAGCUUAUAUUUAUGACUAUCACUGGAAAAUAUUUGGUUCCAAGUAGCCAAGAUUUUUCAAAUGAGUCGGUUUUAUCCACAAAUCCUAAAACUGAAAAAGAACUGCCAGGAGUUUCAGGUCGAGAAUUCAAAACUGAGGUCGUGGAAUUCUUGGAGGAAAUUAACCUUGGAACUAACGAUGAAGAUAAAAUCAACUUCAUUGGAAAAUAUUUAUCACAAGAUGAAAAUCAAGAAAUGCUCGAGAUGUUAAAACAAAACAUUGAUAUUUUUGCUUGUAAGAUGUCUGAUAUGCCAGGUAUAUACCCAUUCAUAGCAUGUCACUCUUUGAAUAUCGAUCCGUCCUUUAGGCCUGUUAAGCAAAAGGAAAGGGAAAUAAAAAAUAAGUUAUACACUGCAGUUAAUGCUGACAUCGAUCGCAUGUUAGAAGAAAAAAUUAUCAGGGAAUGUCGGCUUUCUAACAUUAUCGCGGUGAUGAAAAAGAAUGGUAAAGUAAGAGUUUGCAUCGACUUUACCAAUUUAAAAAGGGACUACCCCAAGGACGAAUUCCCACUUCCUGACAUGGAUAGAUUGGCGGAGUCAACCCAGGGAUAUGGUCGUUUAUUUUUCAUGGAUGGAUAUUCUGAGUACAAUCUGAUACCAAUAAAUCCGACUAGUGAAGAGCGUACUAGUUUCAUAACUGACAGAGGAUUAUACUGUUUCAAUUUCAAAGCCAUGUUGUAA